GUUUUAUUUUUUAUUUUUUGUCCUUCUUCUUCACCCUACUCACAUCUAUUAGGCAUGCAAAAAAUCAGAUACAAUAGUCCUUUGGUGCAAAUCAUACUACUGGGCUUCGUAUGCUUCUGUUGUCCUGGCAUGUAUAACGCACUGUCUGGAUUGGGAGCUGGAGGUCGUAUCGGCUCGGAUGUCUAUCUCACCGAUAGUUCCAACGCUGCACUUUACGCUUGUUUUGCCGUCGUUGGUUUCUUCGCAGGUUCUGUCAAUAAUACCCUUGGUCCUAGAUAUACACUUUUGAUUGGCUCCGUCGGAUAUGUGUUGUAUUCUGUAUCGCUUUGGGUCUACGAUACUAAGGCUAACGCCGCUUUCGUCAUUGCUGCCGGUGCUAUCCUUGGUUGCUGUGCCGGUCUUUUGUGGACAGCUCAAGGUUCCAUUAUGAUGAGUUACCCAGAAGAAAAGAACAAAGGAAAAUAUGUUUCUAUUUUCUGGACUCUCUUCAAUCUUGGUGGUGUCCUUGGUUCCUUAAUUCCCCUAGGUCUCAACUUGACCAGCAGUGGUGAAGGCGGUGUCUCAACAGGAACAUACAUUGCUUUCGUUGUUAUCAUGAUCAUUGGUGGGCUGUGCUCGCUCUUGAUUUGCAAACCUAACUCGGUUAUCAGAACUGAUGGAACCGGUGUACAUAUGGCUCAAAACACCACCUGGAAGCAGGAACUGAAGGGUGUCAUUGGUGUCUUUAGUCAAUGGAGAAUCAUGGCUCUUUUGCCUGCCUUCUUGGCUUCCAAUUGGUUCUACUCCUAUCAAUUCGGCCUUAAUGCGCUGUAUUUCGAUGUUGCCACAAGAAGUUUGAAUGGUACCAUGUAUUGGGCUAUGCAGAUUGUUGCAUCUAUCUUCCUUGGCCAAGUCCUCGAUUAUGCCAAACUCAAGCGUCGUAGCCGUGGUCUUAUCGGUCUCGCUAUUACCUUUGUAGUGUGUAUGGCAGUCUGGGCGGGAGGUUUCGUUUUCCAGCUUGGUUUCGAUCGCUCCUAUUCAAACCCUAUUCACUGGACUGACCCUGGGUUUGCUGGUCCAUUUGUUCUCUAUAUCUUCUAUGGUUUUACCGAUGCUCUUUAUCAAACCUACCUCUACUGGCUUAUGGGUGCUAUGAGCAAUGACCCUGGAAUGCUUGCUCGCUAUGCAGGUUUCUACAAGGCUGUUCAGUCUGCUGGCGGUGCCAUCUCUUUUGGUAUCGAUGCUGUUCAUACCGACUUGCGAUGGGAGGCCUUGAUCUGCUGGCUUCUCGUCUUUAUUUCUUUCCCUCUCAUUGCCGUUGUCACUUGGAAUAUUUCCGACACUAACAUCACUGUUGACGAUUUCGUUGACACUGAUACAACCGCCUCUGUCUCAAGCCAUUACCAAGAAAAGAAUGAGGUCUCCCAUGACUCCCAAGCCUAAAGCGGUUUGGGUUGUAUAUCCUCUCUAUGAAAAUAAUCCGCGUCUAUUUACGUGGGAUGUACCAUUGUAUUCACCUCCCUCGUUUUGUUCCAUAACUUGUCUUUGUCAACAUUUACAAAGGCGUUUCCCCCACAUUUCCCAGCUACAAUUUUGACAAGAUAUUAUUAUAUCGACACUAUUCUAUAGUUUCUCAAUGAUUUUUUUUUUCGUAGUAACACAGGAAUAUCGCAUUGUAAUAUUAGAAAAUUGGAUAUAUAAAGAUGAAUCCACUGAAAAGCUU